AUGGAUACUUUCAUAUCUAGAAAGCGUCCACGGCUUUCGAAUGCAAGCGAGGAGCCCAAGCAAAACUCAUCGGAUCCCUGCGAAGACACCACUGAUACCAAGCUAGCAAUACUCCUAUCUCUCUUCCCGGCUAUCAAACAGGAUGAACUAUUGGAUAUACUCGUAUCCUGUGAAGGGUCUGUAGAGAAUGUUGCUGAACUCCUCUCUACAAAAGACGCUACAGCAGGCACACCCGCGAGCAAAAAACGAACUGCUGUUGCCUCAUUAUGCGGCAUCCAGACAUCUCUCUCAUCACAUGUUUUUACAACAUCUGAAGAUGGGAGUAUGAGACCCAUGCAUGAGCACGCGAGAAAGAAAAACCUUUCACCUCCAAAGAAAGGCAAAACACUACAUCUUUACUCGCCUGAGGAUAUUGCCGCCUACACACCUUGUACUAUCAUUCACAAUUUCCUACCGGCUAAAGAAGCAGAUGCACUUCUCCUUGAAUUACUUGAUGAAUCGAAACACUUUUCUCGGUACGACUUUCAACUCUUCAACCGCGCUGUCCAUAGUCCCCACACAUAUGCUGUGUACGUCUCUACACCCGAAGAGCACCGUCAACAGACCUCAGAAUACACUUAUGGUGGCACCAGUCGGUCAAAUGUACGCCAGGCAACACCAAAGCUACGUUCAGUGUCACGCCAAGUACAGAAGAUUGUCAACAGCGAGAUCAACAAACGAAUUCGAGACGUUUAUCCGGACGGGAAGAAGUUAAAAUAUCAGUCACCAAAAGAGUGGCGGCCCAAUGCAGCAUUUGUCAACUGCUACGACGGGCCGACCGAAAGCGUGGGAUAUCACUCUGACAAACUCACUUACCUCGGACCCCACCCGGUGAUAGGAAGCUUGAGCUUGGGCGUGGCACGUGAAUUCCGAGUCCGUCGGAUAGUGCCUCGAGAUGAAGACGAGACUGUAGAAGAAGAAGAAGAAGAAGAAGAAGGAGAAGGAGAAGAUCUUGGCAUCAAUAAGCUUAGUCCAGGUUCAAAUUAUACACGGAACCAGACUUCGUCAGCCGCACGCGCUGACGCCCAAGGCCAAAUCUCAAUCCAUCUUCCACACAAUUCUCUCCUUGUUAUGCAUGCAGAGAUGCAAGAGGAGUGGAAACACUCUAUUGCUCCAGCUCAAACCAUCUCCCCACAUCCGAUCUCCGGGAACAGACGUAUCAAUAUCACAUAUCGUUGGUGUCGUGAUACUCUAAACCCACGCUACACGCCACGUUGCAAGUGUGGCGAACACACGAUUCUCCGGUGUGUACAACGUAAGCAUGAGACGCGAGGGAGAUAUAUGUGGAUGUGCCAUGGAGGACUUACCCCAGGAAAGGAAGGGUGUUCUUUCUUCCAGUGGGCUGAGUUCGAUGAUGAUGGGGAUCCGGUGUGGGGAAAGCAAACCAUCCAGGACGAGGCCCCUACUUUGGCAAAUUUCUCGGCAUCUCAAUAG